UCACAGGUCACUCCCUCUCCAUUUCAACAAGCAGCGAACAAGUGCACAGCUGCCUAUGGCACAGGUGCAACACUCAAAUCACAGCUCGACUACAGGCUAAGCACAUAAACGUGCUACUGCAAACCUGAGCAGAGAGAUCACCUCCUCUAGGAAGCACCACAGCUGUGAUUAGGGAUAUAACAAGCACCACGGGACUUCUAAGAAGAUGGCGAACCGUAAGUUUUGGAUCCUGGUCGUGGUUGUGGUCAUCUUCAUUGGGAAUAUGUCUUACAUUUAUUACAACAAUAUAAAAGUCAGUACAAUCAUGGAAUACAUCCAAAGAAGUGAUCAAGAAAAUUCCACCAGCACCCAGGCAGCCACUGUCCGUCCACUUACUGGCAUGUGGACUGUAGGUCCCGCUGGGCGCCUAGGAAACAUCAUGGGGGAGUACGCAACCCUCUACGCACUUGCCAAACUUAAUGGGCACCAGGCCUACAUCACACAAAAUAUGCAUAAUCAGCUGUCAAAAAUAUUUAAAAUUAAGUUGCCUGUAAUUAAUGAUGAAGCUUUAAAUCGUAUAAAGUGGAGAGACUAUUGGCUCCACGACUGGAUGUCACCAGAAUACUAUAACAUAGAAGGGGAAUAUGUUCGAUUCACGGGAUACCCUUGUUCGUUUACGUUCUACCACCACAUACGGAAUGAGAUCCUUGAGGAAUUUACAUUCCUUGACUAUGUUAAAGAAGAAUCCUAUGCCUACCUCGACAAAGUCAGGGGUGAUAAGAAAAACGUCACAUUUGUUGGGAUCCACGUCCGGAGAGGGGACUACGUUCAUGUAAUGCCCAAUACAUGGAAAGGGGUGAUUGCAGACAAGGGGUACUUGGAUAAAGCUACAGACUACUUCAGAAAAAAAUACGAAAACCCUUUGUUUAUAGUAACCAGCAAUGGAAUGGAUUGGUGCAAGGAGAAUAUGAACAAUUCAAGAGAAGAUAUUCACUUUGCUGGAGAUGGUCAAGAAGGUUCUCCUGGGCGGGAUUUUGCACUCUUGGCCCAUUGCAACCAUACAAUUAUGACUAUAGGAACUUUUGGGGUCUGGGCUGGAUAUUUAGUAGCGGGGGAAACCAUCUACCUUGAUAAGUACGUUUUGCCGGAUUCGCCGUUCCUCAAUGUGUUUAAGUACGAAGCUGCUUUUCUUCCAGAGUGGAUUGGGAUUCCUGCAGACCUCUCGCCCCUCCUUGGGAAGCAGAAUGGACAAUAAAUGGUCAUAUUGGUUCUUGUAGUUCAUUGGGAAUGGUGACUACAUUGUAGGUUACCAUGAAAAACAGCCAUUGUUACCUCAUACCUUCUAGAGAUAUGACUGCAGUUUUGCACUCUGCACAUGUUACUAUGGGUGUUAAUGAGAAAGUCUCUGCUGUAUCAGGGCAGGGGGGGAGAGAUUAGCAUGAAUUUACAGGGUUACAAGAGCCAAUCCAGAGAUGCCUUCAGAAAUCCACCGGGACCACCAUGCCAUGUUGAAAAAUUCUAAAUGUAUCCUUUGAACUUUACAGAUGGCUGCCCUAAAUUCAUCAUCGCUGUCCUCCAGGCCCAGACUGGCAAUCUGUAGAUUCUGGCAAAUGCCAGCGGGGCUGCUGUAAAAUGCCAUAGACCGUCACUGUGUUGUUUGGGUCUCUAUGUACUUGAAAUGCCAGAGCUUAUUAAGAAACCCAGUCUGGGCUGCUCUCCUUUUAAACAGAUAUUUAGUAUUGUUAGUAAUUGAACUGAGCACCUCAGAGCCCCAAGUCGGGUUCUAAUAGCAACUCUGUAGCCAAAGCAUAAUCUGGAACUCAAUCCAUUACUGUCUAGAAAUUGUACUCAGUGCUGUAAAAAUACAGUAUGGGUUUUACAUAUCAAAUCUUUCCCUCCGUACAUGUUAGGCUAGGGCCAGACGAAGAAUCUGCUGCCCUGCUGCACCCCUAGCCUUUUUAAACUGUGGGUGGAUUUCAGAAUGCAAAAUUUCAAGUUUUGUCUCGCUACCCACCCACCCUGGGUGCAGGCAGUCCAGGAGCGGAGGGGUAGUGGAUUUUCCUCCUGCAUAAAAGCACAGGCAGAGAUCCGCCAUAGUCUGGGCCUGGCCUUGGGGAUGCACCGAAUCUAGGAUUUUCAGUAGGAUUUGGAUACUAGAGCAAAUCUCAAAAUAGUGGAUUCAUUGGAUAACCUGAGAUCUGUAUAACAUGCUGACUUGCCUUUCCUUAGAAAUAUGAAUGGUGCUCUUGUCUAUACUCAUAAACAACCUUGUAUAGUCCAAAGUUCUACUGGCCUCCUGGCCUUGCUUUGCAUUCUCAUUGCUUUCCAAUCUCCCUCUGCUUCAGGCUCCAGGUAUCAUAUGAGCCUCUUUCUUUCCCCUCCUACCUUAUUUCAUCCUCCAGUAAACCACGUUAACUUAAUUGCACUACAUGGCCAGUUCCAGCAGUUCAGGGAUUAUUCUGUUCUAAUACGUCUAUCAUUUAUCCAGUUUACAAACAACAAUCUAUUUGGGCUUAUUUACCAAAAUGGACAUAGGCUUAAAACUGUGGUUUUUAGUGCUCCUGCCGCUGCUCCUUGCCCUUUGUAAGUGAUCCCUUAUCUGUUUAUCUACUUGCCUAUUAACUAUCCAUCUAUCCAUCUGUAUCUGACUGCCUCUGGAUUAGGAGGCAAUUUAAAAAGAUGCAAUUGAGCAUUGUAGUGAAAGCAUUUAGAUUAUUGUCUUAGCUGAAAAUUGGCAAGGGCAGAGUUAAGGUUCCUAUAGACGCAAAGAUCUUUAGUUGGUGAACGAUCUAUUUCAGUGCAAUCCGACCAAUCCGUCAAAUUAUCGUGCGGAUUGUGCAUGUUACGAUUUUUCGUCCGACAUCUGAAAAUUGAUCAGCCAGGUUAAAAAAUGUUAUCGCCCCAGUGACCCUUUGUUUUCCGGACAAUAUCGCUUGAAACGGUCUUUUUAGUUGAUGGACAAAUCAUACUUUUAAAUGAUUGUUUCGAGAUAAUCGUGGUGUCAUGAUAACGAAAAGAUCUUUUAAAAAUCUUUCUGCACCUAAUGUAUUGCAGCCCAUGCACAAUAUGCUAAGCAACCCCAAUGUGGCAGUUGUAUGGCCCGUGUACUUGGAGCCCAAUCUGCCCUGGAAUUGAGGUCUUCUGGUGGAUUUACAGUACAUACUGUAGCUCAUACGUUCAGAAAUGGCAGAGAUUACCCUACAAUUUGGGGGAGGUGACAUUCAAUUUGACGGGUAAAGCAGGUAUAGAGAUGCCCUAAAGGCUGUUUGCAGUGUCGGACUGGGAUACCAGGGGCCCACCCAAAAACCUUAGACCAGGGGUCCACAAAGAAAAUUCAGAGCAGGAUCCCACUCUCAGUACUAUUAUUCUUCCUCUCCUAGCUCAACCUCUAUUUAUAGUUUUACAUACUAGACUCUAUUAUUCCAUCUAUUCAGCCUCUUUGUUCUCAUAGAAAUUGGGAAUGGCCUUGAAAUAGGCCAAAUGUUUAGCAGCACAAGGGCCCACUUACACCUGGGCCCACCGGGAGUUUUCCUGGUGGGCCAGUCCGACACUGGCUAUUUGCAUCUGACACCACAUUUUUUUUUUUUUACCCCAAUGAGGCAAAACUGGCAGUAGCUCCUUGCUUUGGGGCAAUGCUAACAAAAAGGCUUCAUAGAGGACUGGAAUGAAGUAUUCUUUCAACCUGAAUCAUUACAGAAAUAUUGUUAAUUAUCUAUAGCCUUCAGUGCAGCUGUCUCAGUCUCAGAGUUACUGUACUGGUUAACAGGUGUUACAUUUCUGAUUCUGCUGUGUCAGUAUAAGUUCUUAGAGGGCAAUAUGAAGUUCAUCAAAGUACAAAUGGUUUAGCCUUGUAUUUCCUCUCCCCCUUUCAUAUUCUGAGAGCACAGGAAGCACAGACAGGGAAACGGCAGCAGCAAGUUCUUUAUCCCAUUGCCCCACUGUGUUCAUUUUAUACCAAUGCUCAAUGGGAAGCUAUAAAGCAAUAAAGCAAGACUUCAAUACGUGAUCCAUAUGCAUUGUGCAUAUAUAUAUAUAUAUACCAUCUCUACCAUAUUUGAAAAAGGUGCACAGUAAAAUAUCGCAGAUCGGUUUUGUGUGUAACUUAAAAUAUCCAGCUUUUAUAAAGUGAUAUUAUAUUUUGAAA